UCAGCUUGUGUUAUUGUUGUGUUGGUGCAUUGAUGAUUGUUGGCUGCUUGUGGAUUAGUGGCCUGUGGCUUAAAGCAUUCAUUCCACGGGUUGACCCGGCCGCCCGCACGCCCGCACGCUCAUAUACCCGGUCUAGACCAUCCAUCUGUAGAUCUGGGUGUCCCGCCCAAUUGAAUACGAAGACCCGGAACGGCCCUGUGGGCGGUUAGUGUGACAUUGGACCCGGUCCGGCCGGCGGGUGGAUCUGCUCUACUAACUGAUCCACCCCGAUUCAGGAUGGCCGGAUCGACGGGCCACUCCUCGACGUCGUCGUCGGCCUCGUCGUCGGGGUUCUUAAAACAUCUCCAGGAGUCCAAGUUAAAGUCGUUUAGUAUCGGAACCAUGGGCAAACGGACUCUCUCCAAACGCGAGCAAGAUGAGCUCCGGAAGAAGCAGGAACAAGAUGAAGUGGGCAAGGUGUAUAAAGAGUUCGUGUCGACUUUUGAGGAUCAUCCCUCAAGCAAGGUCAAUAAAACUUGGGUCAAGGCCGGGACGUUCAAUGCCGGCAAUCGGAAAGAGGACUUUACUGAAAAGGGUAAAUUGUAUCAGCCGGCCUCACGGAUGGAUUCGGGGGCCAGGUCGGAUCUAGCGGAAUCGUCGGCCUUAGAUGGCCGGACCAAAAGACCCGAAAAGCCCGGAAAGAAGAAGGAAAAAGAGAAGAAGAAAAGCAAUCUCGAGAUCUUCAAGGAAGAACUCAAGGCCAUUCAAGAGGAACGGGAGGAGCGCCAUCGAGUCAAGAAUAUGAUUCGAUCUGGGGCCGUGCCUCCUUCGGCCUUGAAUAGUACGGGAUCGAGUGGGAGUGUCAAUCGUGAAUUAAGUUUGGCCGAAUCGGCCGCCAGUAAAGAUGGGUUGCCCGGUUCCCAUGAUACCGGCGAUCCCAACACGACCAAUCUGUAUUUGGGCAAUCUCAGUCCGAGACUCACGGAACAGCAAAUGAUGGAGCUCUUUGGAAAAUACGGGCCUUUGGCCUCGAUAAAGAUUAUGUGGCCCCGCACCGAAGACGAAAAAUCGCGCGGCCGCAACUGCGGCUUUGUCGCCUAUAUGAGUCGCAUUGACGGUGAACGAGCCUUAACCAAUUUAUCGGGUCAGAUGAUCGACGGGCACGAGAUGCGCAUGGGUUGGGGUAAACCUGUGCCUAUUCCUCUUCACCCAAUCUACGUCCCGCCUCCGUUAUUGAAACUCACCCUACCUCCGCCCCCCAGUGGGUUACCCUUCAAUGCUCAACCCAAUUCGAAAAAGGACGCAGACACAUGGAAUAUUGGUAAGGGCCCAUUGCCCGGUCCAAGUAGCGAGCGGACGCAGGAAUCGUUCGAUAAGCUCUUGUACCGUUCCACGGUGAAAGUGGUCAUUCCUACUGAUCGAACUGUGCUCUGCCUCAUUAAUCGCAUGGUCGAAUUUGUCAUUCGCGAAGGUCCAAUGUUCGAGGCCAUGAUCAUGAAUCGCGAGUUGAGCAAUCCCAAUUUCGCCUUCUUAUUUGAGAACAAGUCGCCCGAACACGUCUACUAUCGUUGGCGAUUGUACAGUCUCAUGCAGGGCGAUAGCAAAGACCAUUGGGGUAUGGAGCCCUUCCGAAUGUUCAAAGGAGGGUCAAUGUGGAAACCUCCCAUAAUGAAUAUCUUUACUGCUGGAAUGCCGGAUCACCUGGUUGAAGAGGAAGAGGAGCACAAUUUUGUAUCCCGUGAUAGAGAAUCCAAGUCUCGAAAAGACUCUGAAAACGACAAGAGCUCCUCAAAGUCAAGUCGUCGUGGUCUGUCCAAUUCUCAACGCGAUCGGUUUGAGGAUAUGUUGAGAACAUUGUAUCCCGACCGAAACCCAAUUGCCGAAACCAUGGUUUGGUGUCUUGAACACGCCGACGCUUGGGAAGAGAUCGUGGAUUGUGUCUCAGAAGCAUUGUCAGCUUUAGAAACCUCACCUGCCAAAAAGAUUGCUCGGUUAUACCUGAUCUCAGACAUCCUCCACAACUGUAGCGUGAAGGGCGUGCCCAAUGUGUCGUAUUAUCGGAAAGGGUUUCAAGCCAAGUUGCCGGAUAUCUUCCACGACCUGGCCAAAUAUCAAAAAGCAAUCGAUUCUCGCAUGAAAGCAGAGGCAUUUAAAGAACGAGUCACGGGCUGCUUCAGAGCAUGGGAGGACUGGGCUCUGUAUCCGCAGGAUUUCCUGAUCAAACUGCAGAACAUAUUCUUGGGAUUGAUCGGGAGUGGCAACACCUCUGACUCUGACGGAGAAAAUGGUAAGAAAGGUUCCGACGAAGCCAAUAGCGAUGAUGAAGACGAUGACGACGUGGAUGGAAUGCCCCUAGAUGGGGCAGCCCUUCUUAAGUCCGCCCAAAAAGGAAAAGGAUUCAAACGAAGGAAAGACGGCUCUGAUGAUUCAGAUGUGGACGGCACUCCCAUCAAGGAUGGAAAAUUCUCGUCGCGAAACAGUGGUCUAUCUGGCACUCCGAAGGCGGGUGGGGGAGCAGCUCCAGCUGGAUUUGUUCCUUCAAAGUGGGAAACCGUACAUCCUGAUGAAGUCCAAGCUCAAGCGGUCACAUCAAAAUGGGAACUAUUUGAUCAGGAUGAGGAACUCGAAAAGCGAAAAAGGCGCGGAAUCACAGACCCGGACGACGAUGACGACGAUUUAGAUGGUGAGCCCUUGGGAGGAACGCCCCUGGAUGCGCGAGCUAUCGAAGACAGACGCGUCAAGCUACGGGAAAUCGAGCUCAAAGUUAUUCAAUACCAAGAUGAGCUGGAAUCGGGGCGCAUCACUCGAAAACCAGGCUGGACUAUCUCGGAGCAGGUGGAGCUGUUUCGGAAAAAGCUUCGGAAACAGACAUUGUCUGGGAAAGUGAAUAACGGGAGCGAUACUGCUGGAUCGGGAGAUGACACCGACGAACAAAGGACUCGAACUCCCCGUGGAAAUCGCGAUGACACGGAUGAUUCCCUGGCAGGCAGCCACACCUCUAGGAGAAAAAAGAAAAGCAAACGAUCGCGCAGAAGCUCAAGCUCUUCGCGAUCUCGCUCUCGCUCUCGAGAAAGAGGUGGUCGAAAACGUAGCCGAUCACGAAAACGCCAUAGGAAAAGCUCGAGCUCAAGUUCAGAAGAACGACGACCAAUGUCAUCCUCAUCCUCCAAGCGCGAUCGGAGAUCGAGGUCAAAAUCCCCCAAACGACACAAAAAGAAGAGUGGUCGUCGGUAGAUUCGUUAUUUGUUUUUAUCUCGUUCAUCGAUUGUUUGAUGCUCCACCAUAAUAAAACGACCUAUGGCCUCUUCUCGCACAAAA